AUGACGGACGCAGGGCAGACGUACGCCUCGCCGUCGUCCAUGAUGGACAUCCGCAUCGUCGCCGCCACGCCCCAGCAGGAGGUGAUGGCCAACCUGCGCGAAGGCGCAGAGUGGCACGGCCCGCUCAUGACGCCCCGCCAGUACCUCGAGCGAGAGGCGCACCUCGUCGACUCGGCCCUCUCCCGCGACGGCCGCCGUCAGAAGUGGGUCAUGGUGCCCCCCACGGCCGAGCCGGGCACGCUCGACUUUCUCGCCUCGUGCGAGACGCACCGCCGGCCCAUGCUCGUCCUCAAGCCCGGCCACUCGGAGCCCUGCCGCGCCGUCGUCUACUCGAUCUGCUCGGUCGUCGUGCCCCCGGACAAGCGCAAGAGGGGGUACGCAAGCCUCAUGAUGACCCUGCUCCACCAGCACCUCUCGAGCACCGGCAGGGUCCCCUUUCCCACCUUCGGAGAGCAGGUCUCGGGCCAGGACGGCCCCACGACGGCCUGGGAGCAGGAUCCGGCUCUGCUCGACGCGCGGCAUGACGGCGACAGCAGCAGCGCGGGAGACGCAACCGCCUCGUUCCUCUACUCGGACAUCGGCGACUUUUACGAGGCCUUUGAGUGGAAGCGCGCCGAGUCGCGCCACGUCGAGUGGCAGGUGCAGGACGGGGCGGCGGGCGGGACCUCUUCGUCGUCGUCGCCGGCGGCGGUCGCGCCGCGCUGGCUCACGGCCGACGAGCUGGUCGACAUCGCCCAGCUGGACCGGAAGCUGCUGCUGCGCACGUUCGCACGCGCCGCAGAGACAAUCGGCAGCCAGGGGCAAAAGAUCCGCUUCGCCAUCGACGAUCCCGAGGCGCGCGCGUGGCGGUGGCGCAUCGAGCGAGACAACUUUACCGCUCGCUUCGCCGACCCGCCGCUCGCAAAUCGGCCGACGCGGUACGGCGUCAUCCUCGGCGGCGGCGACGGCGGUGGCACCGCAGACGGGCCGGCCUAUGCAGCAUGGACGUACGACGCCGCGCAUCGGCAGCUCAAGCUGCUGCGGCUGCAGUUCGAGACGGCAGCCCAGUUUCGCACGCUCGUCGACUUGCUCAAGGGUGAGGCGCAGCAGCACGGGAUGCGCAGCAUCGAGGCGUGGAACGUCGACCUGGCCAAGCUGGGCAUCGCCAUCGACCAGCCGACGCAGGCCCGGCUUUGGAAGGGAGAAAAGGUGGCGUUCGAACGCGAGCUGGCGGGCGGCGAGCUCGUCGAGCGCGACGACGUGCACCUCCCCUCGGUCGCCUGGUACGGCGAGAGGCGCGGCGGGCAGCACGUCGAGUGGCUGCUCAACGAGUACGGGUGGUACAUCUAG